CUGAAAAAUCGGCCGACUCAAGGUAAACACCUGGUUAAAACUGAAUCUUUACCUGUUGUUGCUAACUAGCUAUGGAUUGAUAGGGAUGCGCUUCACGAUGACGAUGAAAAUUUAGAACUUGUUCCGCCAGCGAAGCCGACUGAAUCGGAGAAGAAGCCGCCAGUGCGAUUAGCUUUGCAAAAGGAUCCUCCAUCGCGGUCAAGAGUGGUACCGAACACCGCGUUUUUCAGUAAUCUGUUGCCGCCUACCAAAUCCAAAGGCUUACCAUCGUCUUCAAGAAUGGCCAGCAAAUCGUCAGGAUUAUCAAGUUCUGCUGAUGCACCUUUUACGAUUGACACUAUAUUGGACAAAUUUAUGAAGCCGGACACUGGUUCUGCUUCUCCAACCACACCGUCAAGUCCUGUCCAAAAGACGGCGCCGCCUUUUAGCCCAGUUCAAAAAUCAGGAAAGAAGAAACGAGUCCGUUUCCAACCUGAUCAUUUGUUGACGGAAGUUCGAGAAUAUGAACGUGAUCCGGAAGAGUGGAAUUUCGAUGUUUCCGGCGCUGGUGUUCCUCAUCAAUUCGGCAACGCACGCGAUCUUGAUAUAAGCGAAGGUCAACAAGCCUUCCAUCCGCAAUAUCCUACCGGUGAAUGGUAUGUUCCCCGCCGGAUAGCAUUAAAUGAAGAAAUCCAAGGCCAAGCGCCCAUUAAAACGCCAGAAACCCAAACGCAAGUGAUGCGAGAGAAAACCACACUUGCUGCAGUAUAUCUAAGCCCGCAACAUAUACCAUUCUCACCGGCAGAACCUGAUGAACUGCCCGACACCAGCACCAACACGCCCAUCAUACCGCUCGAAGAUAUGAUGAUGGCUGUUUCACAACCACCUCCCGUUGCACCGAUGCCUGUAGAUCCAAUGAUGAACCAUCCUCCACCACAGCCGACCGUUCCGCAAUCCGCGAAACCAGCUCAAUCAGCGGUGAAUCUGGACGAAGCGUAUCAAAUUCUUCGAGACAACCCUAGUUUGGUGGAAUCUCUGAAGCAUUUGGCGUCAUCGGGUCUGUCACAGAUAACCAGCUCACCGACAUCGGCAGCCAUGCAGGCAAUGGCUUCGGUUGGCGUCAACCAGGAGGGUUACGCCAAAGAGGCCUCUAUGCAAAAAUACAUCAUGAACGAAAGGCAGGAAGCAGGUUUUGGGCAUUGGAAAAGUAAAGAGAACCACGAUGCACAUCACCCGUCAACGAAACGUGGAGGGGGAGGACGAGGACGUGGUCGCGGACGAGGCCGAGGUAAAGGACGAGGUGGAUCCGAUAGUGGCCCUAUGCGCCAUGAACGGCAUCAUGGCAAGCAAUUAGGUCCUUAUGACAAACCGAACAAGAGUCGAGAAGGUGGCAAGUCGAAAUAUACGGUGCACUGCAGAUACUAUAAUUCACGAACAGGCUGUGACAAGGGUGAUGAAUGUCGAUUUUUACACGAACAUUCAUAAGGGUUGCAUGAAAAAUAUAUACAAUUAAUAUACAUACGCAGAUAAACAAGUUUCUUGGCACUCAUCAUGUAUAAUGACCAUGCGAAUAAUCAUCGAUCCCACACAAGGAUUUUUAAAGAAAAGAACCAUCAGUUGCUCGCAUGAAAAUAUAGCAAUAA